AUGUCGGCAAGAUCUACACAAACAGUAAGCAACAAUGCUUGCGACGAAUUCGAAGAGAUGAUCGUUUGGACCAUCAUGGACAAUGACACAAGCCAUUUUGACGAAAAGGAACUCGUUGAGAAAAUCGGAUGGACUGGAUUCCGGGAAGCCAUAAAAGAAGCAACCGAGGACGCAAAAACUUACCAACAAUGGUUAAAAACCACCGUUGCAACGUGGACCCGAGUUCCUCAGGAAAUAAAAAGCACACUUAAGGACUUUGCUCAUGAUAAUUCUAGGCAAGGACUUUUCGACUGGACUUACGAGCUUAUACUCUAUGGAUCCGCACUGCACUCCACGACUACUGACAGAGGGGUGUUAAACGAAUGGCAAAACGCAGUAUACGGAGAUUUUGUUGAAAAAUUCGGAAAUCCUCCUUACAUAGCAUUUACCGAGCGCCAACGACUUCCGGAAAAAGAAGAGAUAAAUAUUGCACGUAAAACGUGCUUGCUGCGCUUAACCUCAGAAAUAUGA